AUGGCCUCCAACUACCACAUCGAGAAGCCGUACGUGCUGGCGACGCUGCCGCGAUCGCUCGCAAGACCCGACAGCAGAAGCCUCGUCGGCGAUGUGUACGGCCAGAAGGCUGGCGCAAAGAAGCGGCGGCGCCCCGAGGUGACCGUGGGCAUUGACGGCGAGGCUGCCAAUCUGUACGAUAUCGCCUCCUCCCGGCUUAUCACCUCAUACCCGGUCCCCCCCCAGGCGACGUUCUCAUGCCCGCCCUGCUCGCUGCGGUUACGCUCGGCCGCCAGUAAGAAGGCCGACGUGGCCCGCUUCACCUACAUCUCGACUCGGGAGCCGGCCCGGAAACUGUCGCUCUUCAGGGACACCGUUGGGGCCUCUGGCGCCACGGCCUCGGCCACAGUGUCGACCAGCCUCGGCCGCUCAGGCAGCCCCGUGGUGUAUCUGACGACGAGCAGCAGCAGCAGCAGCAGCAAUGACGGUCAGCUUAUCCCACCAGAUUUGCUGGCCGUCAGCCAGGAUGGCGAGGUCACUUUUUUCAACGGCGAGACGCUCGAGGAGAAGCACAAGGUAUCGGUGGCAACAUUGUCGCAGGACUUGCUGCCACGCGGGUCCGUCCUCCGGGUCGAACUAGCCCAGACGGCCCAGACAGCCGACGUGCUCAAGGGACUCCAGUUGGGCGAGGACUACCUCUCGGGUGUGUUGGCACAGAAAGUCGACGUGGCCGCUGGCGGCUUCAACCCGGACGUUCUGCUGCUCAUCACGGCGACGGCAGACACGGCAGCACGAUACCUGCAUGUGCUUGUCGUCGACCCUGGCCACUCGGCUGCCGUCCGCUUGGUCCAGGUGCACCACAUCCGACUGCCCUCGUCAGCCACCGAAACGACAUCAUCCCCGACAGAGCAUCAGCAACCGCUGUUCCGGUUGGACGUCGCGUCUGGAUCGCUGUUUGCCCUCGACGGCGAGACCGUGGUGUCGUACGACCUCGCGCGCAGCGUGCCGCGCAUCAUCGGCCAUAUGUCCAUCCCGGGUGGCACGUCGUUUCUGCAGCUGUCCAAGUCGAGCAUCCUCGCGUCCACGGCCACGACCUUUUCCGUCUACAACCCUGUCUUCAGCUCGCUGCAGGCAUCCACGCCCCUGGACCUGGCCAAGGACGAUGCCCAGCUGCCUCCCCGUCGAUCGUGCGCCUUCGUCUCGUACUUCUCGCAGCUCGAGCUCGCCGUGGCUCUCGUGGACGCACACUAUCUGGUUGCUGUGCAGCUGGAGCCGCCGCGGACUCGCAGCAAGAAGCGUCGGGCCGAUGGACUUCUGAUUGAUUCUAUCGGACGCGGCGUAUCCUGGAAGGAGGGCCAGGGCCAACCAGCCGGAUCAGAAGGCGACGACGCAGCCGAGACGCUGUCCGGCCGAAAGUACGUGCCGGGGACCGUGUCGACCGCCUAUCUGCAGCAGUAUAACGCCGACGUGUUGGUUGCCGACCGGCUGCUGGCAGACGGCGACGUGGCCGCCUUUGACGAUUUCCUAGCUGAGAAGCUGAGUAUCCAGAACGUGGCGGACUGGCGGUGGCAACGGCCGCUGGAUGCGGCUGAUGGCGCCGAGGCUGUGAACGAGGCCCAGACAUCGACAAACGAUGCCGUCGUUGUUGCUGCUGCCACGACCACCACCAACCCCACAACGAGAGCCACAUACCCCGAAGCCGAUCGUCGCUGGGUCGUGUACGCCAUCGGACGCGUGCUGACCGUGGACCAGGCCGGAUCAGCCGGACGGCUGCGGCUGCGCUGCGCGCUACCCGAGAGCGACAUUGUCAACUACCUCGUCGAUGCCGGCCAUCUCUCGGUGGCAAACGUGUGGUCGGCGCUGCGGUCGGCGCUGCAGGGCGUCGACGAUGCCGACGCUUUCCUGGGCGAGGCGCUGCCAGUCACGCUGGCACACGUCGACCCGAGCCUGGACCUGCUGCUGCGAUGGCUGUACGCCACAAAGCUGGCGGCCACGGAGCUUCUCAGCGCGAUCCUGCUGCUGAUGCGCAGUCUGGAACUGGUGGCCGCAGCCGAGGCGCAGCCCGAGGCCAAGCCACUGCUGACCAACGGUGCGGACGACCGAAUGGAGGACGGCGACGACGACCAGAGCAACGAUGUGGAUAACGAAAACGACAAUGACGACGACGGCGAGCUGCCUAACCAGGAGCUCGACAGGCUGGACCAACAGCUGCGCGUGGCCGAAUACUUCCUGGAGCACGUGGAGAACGAUCCGCGCGACCUGGCGCUAGACAUUGCUAUUGGCAAGCUGGGCAGCUGUCCGGCCGUGGCGACGGUGUUGGGGCUGCGGCGCAUUUUUCGCACGGACGAGAUCCGGUCGCUGAUCGAGGUGUUGCGCAAGCAGCUGGUCGACCAGGGCUGGGCGACGCGGUACGUCGACAUGGAGGGUAGCGACAGCAAAGACGGGGCCACGCCGCUCAACUAUAGCAUCCGCCUAAUUGCCGAUCUGCUGGGCCGGUGCAUCGAUUCGGUGCGGCCGGGCGAGUGGCUGGUCGACGAUGCGGCGACUGCAACAGCCGCAGCCGCAGCAACAGCAGCAGCAGUAGCAGACAGAGAGGCCGAACACAUUGCUGUCGGAGGUGUCAGCCCGGCUGCCGGCGACUUUUUUGCCUCGCUCAAGUGGCAGGUCAGCGCUGCACUCGAGGGCGUACAGGAGGCGCUGUACUUGCGCGGGAUCUUGGGUGAGGCUGUGCGGUAUGCAACAGGCGUGCAGAGUGCAGCAGCAGCAUCGUCAGCAGUGACUGUCUCGUCCGGCGAGACUGAUGUGCGGCCGACACGGGUGGACAAGGCGACCCUGCAGGCGGCCGCGAUGCUGCCGUUGGGGCUCAAGGCACCGAUGGGUCUGGGGCGGUACGGCGACGUGACACCGACCAAGGUCGUGUCGGGCGGCGAGGUGGUGAAGCGAAGCCGGCGUGAGAUUGGCCACCUGACGAGCCAAAAGGUGGGUGCUUACACGCUGGAGCGGAUUGUGUUGUAG